AUGGCGGCGCCCAGCCCCAGCACGUCCCGACCGGCGUCCGCUUUCCCUUUCCCCUUCUCCGCCUCGAGGGCCGGGGCUGAAAAACCCGCGGAGGGGCAGGCUCUGCCGGCCGCUGAACCUAAUAAGAAGAAGCCGCCCUGUCGGGCCUGCACGGACUUCAGGAGUUGGAUACUGGAUCAGAGGAAGCAGUCGGACUUGCUAUUCUUGGCAACAAAUAAUAGAUAA